AUGGAGCCGACUACCAACCCUCCUGAGAAUCCUCCAACAGAUGUCGAAUCGGAGAUAUCAGACAAUGAGGAUGUGAUCAGAAAGAGCAGUAGAACGAGCAAGCCUGUUGAGCAUUUCGCUCCGCCACAGAAGAGGAAAAUUGAGGCAAGGAAAAAGCUCCAGGCUGGAGAGGGAAAGGGACUCAAGCUGGGAGAUAUUGAAGUGGUUUCGAAGGGCAUCAGUAAGGCUGCGGCUGAUAGUGAGGGCCUCAAAAGGCUACAUGUCUGUCUGUUUAACUCAAUUGGGAAAGAAUCCACUAGGAAAAGGGAUAUUCGCGCCUGGAACGGCUCCCAAAAUUCCGAGGACCGAGAGAGGAUCGAGAAGACUCUCUCGACCACUAAGAAACAGGAAUCGAUUUUGACAUUUUUGGACAUUCCGAAGGACGAGGGAUUGAAAAAACCAAGAGCCAAGAGACGAGCCUCUACUGCCAGAAAAAGGAAGAUCAGCAAGACUACCCGACAAGGCUCGGGGUUUUCCAAUUUCCUCACACAGAGAACGAAGGAGAUGAAGAGCACCGAAUCAGGGAAGCUCCUCACACCCAAGGAGAUUACUGAGAUGCUCAGUGUAGAGUGGACUAGUAUGACAAGUGUGGAGAAGGCUGCUUUUGGUACUCCUCAAAAAGCUGGGCAAAAACGCAAGCGUUCGAGUACAGCUGGUAAGACUAAUGCUAAGAAGGCUCGCGAAGGGUUGGAAGAGAAAAAAACAGACGAGCCCAAAAAAGAGGAUGUCAAAGAAAGUGAGGAGGAAACGCAGAUAAACGCUGAGAAAGAGUCACCCGAAAAACUUGCUACUGAUAAUAGAGAGGCUGAUGAUGACGUUGACAUUUACGAGGGUAUCAGUCAGGAGGCUGGAAACUGA